AUGAGUCCUAAAGCGGUUCAUAUUUGUGAUGGUUCAGCUGAAGAAGCAGAUAGAAUCAUUGAACAAAUGGUUAGUGAUGGAAGGCUGACGAAGUUGAAUGCAUAUGAAAAUAACUACUUGUGCAGAACUGAUCCAAAAGAUGUUGCUCGGGUGGAAAGUAAGACAUGGAUGGUGACGUCAGAAAAAUUUAACACAAUAUGCCACAUUGCUAAAGAUGUGAAACCGAUUAUGGGUAACUGGAUGUCACCUCAGCAGUUUAAGAGGGAAAAAGAUGCACGGUUUCCCGGUUGCAUGAAGGGUCGAACUAUGUAUGUUAUUCCGUUUUCGAUGGGUCCGGUUGGUGGACCGAUUUCAAAAAUUGGAAUUCAGGUAACUGACUCCAGCUAUGUAGUUCUUUGCAUGCGUAUCAUGACUCGUGUAACACAAAAAAUAUGGAAUAUAUUGGGAGAUCAUAAUUUUGUGAAGUGUGUUCAUUCAGUUGGGCAGCCUUUACCAGUGAAAGUGAAUAACUGGGCGUGUAAUCCGGAGAAGACGAUCAUAGCUCACUGUCCAGCAGAACGUGAAAUUUGGUCAUUUGGUUCUGGUUAUGGUGGUAAUUCGCUUCUCGGUAAAAAAUGUUUUGCUCUGAGGAUUGCUUCAAAUAUUGCCAGAGAAGAAGGCUGGAUGGCGGAACAUAUGCUUAUAAUGGGAGUGACACCACCAAAAGGAAGAGAACGUUUCAUUGCUGCUGCUUUUCCUUCAGCUUGUGGAAAAACUAAUCUUGCGAUGUUAACUCCAUCUCUCUCGGAUUGGAAAGUCCGAUGCAUUGGCGAUGAUAUAGCAUGGAUGAAGUUUGGUAAGGAUGGUAGAUUAUAUGGUAUUAAUCCAGAAGCUGGUUUUUUUGGAGUAGCACCAGGAACAUCUAAUAAAACCAAUCCGAUGGCUGUUGCAUCAUUCCAGAAAAAUAGUAUUUUUACGAAUGUUGCUGAAACUAUUGAUGGGGAAUAUUACUGGGAAGGUUUAGAAAAAGAGAUCAAGGAUCCGAAAGUCGAAAUGAUUAACUGGUUGGGUCAGAAAUGGCGUAUUGGAGACAAAGGUCAGGCUGCACAUGCAAAUUCUCGAUUUGCAUGCCCAGCAAGACAGUGUCCAAUAAUUCAUCCACAGUGGGAAGAACCUGGUGGAGUACCGAUUGAUGCUUUUAUUUUCGGUGGAAGAAGACCGGAAGGUGUGCCUUUAGUGUAUGAAACUUUUUCGUGGCAACAUGGAGUUUUCGUCGGUGCUUGUCUGAAGUCUGAAGCAACAGCUGCAGCUGAGUUCAAAACCAGAACAGUGAUGCAUGACCCAAUGGCUAUGAGACCAUUUAUGGGUUACAAUUUUGGGAAGUAUCUUCAGCACUGGUUGAACCUCAAUAACGGCUUUAAUAAGGUUCCGAAAAUUUUCCAUGUUAAUUGGUUUCGCCGUGAUCAAAAUGGCAACUUUCUUUGGCCUGGAUUUGGUGAAAAUAUUCGAGUGAUUGAUUGGAUUUUAAAACGAUUAGACGGGGAUGAAUCAAUCGGGGAAGCAAGUGCGAUUGGUAUUUUACCUAAAAAAGGUUCAUUAAACCUCAGAGGCCUUGAAAAUAUUAAUAUCGAUGAAUUGAUGAGUCUACCGAAACAGUAUUUGGUGGAAGAUGCUCAGGAAAUUCAGAACUUCAUGGAAGAACAGGUUGGAUCAGACCUACCUCAAGAAAUUCGAACAGAAAUGGAAAAACAUUGUGAACGAAUCGCAGCUCUGUAA